GAGACAUAUUCGUCUGUACAACAUUCCACAAAACUACAUUUCACAAAUUCUGCUCCAGAAUAGAUUUUGUGAGCUCCAUACGAAAACGAAGAUAAAACAUGGCGUCUGUUAAUUCCACUGAAGAUACGAAAUAUUUCACGCGGAAAGAGGUUUCGAAACAUACGGACAGUAACGACUUGUGGUUUAUCAUUAAUAAUAAAGUUUACGACGUGACCAAAUUCACAAGUCACCCGGGUGGGCAAGAGAUUCUUCUCGAGCAAGGUGGUAAGGACUCUACAGAAGCCUUCGAAGAUAUUGGUCACUCGAGCGAUGCCAGAGAAUUACUGGAAACAUUUAAAAUUGGAGAUCUAGUCAAAGAGGAUAUAAUAGACGAAGACCAAAAAAGAAUUGGUGAGCUACCUGAUGCUUACGAUAGUUCAAGUUGCAGUGGUUCUUGGAGAUCCUGGCUAAUUCCUAUUGCUCUUGGGGUUCUGGCGACUCUCGUGUACCGUUACUUUCUUAAAGCACACUGAAUCAUUCCUGAUAUUUAUUCUUUUUGUAAUUUGUAUUAUACAUAAAAGCGAUUGUUAUAAAUGAUGAAAGAUUAAUACAUAUAUUGCACACAAUUA